UAAGAUACAUAUAUCAUAUUUAAUUUCACAAGUCACGAAAGAUAUUAAAAAUAACAAAACAAAAAUAAUUCAAAAAUCCACCUAAAAAUAUCUCAAUGACAGAAAACCACUCGCCCCACGUAGGAAGAAAUAAACAAAAAAGAAAAGAAGACAAAAGAAAGUCUUAUCUUUUAGAUUUAGAUUUUUUAAGAUACAGGUGUAGACAGAGAGAAAAUCAAUCAUAAUGCAGAAAUUUGUUGGUUGGGAAGUAUUAAUUCUUUCCCCCACUUGGAAAUGGAGUUAAACCAAUAGGUAUCCUAGCUAUAUAGCCGGAAAACUUUAAAGCAUAUCUGAAGGGGUAAAUAAUGGUGAAAGCAACCUGUUUUGGUUGCCCAUGACACUUUUUUUCAGUGUAUUUGGACCUAUACAUAUGAAUCAUAGCCAGACAAGACUUUAAAGUGCACUGGACCAACAGCACAGUAGAAUUCUUUCCCCCUCUUUAAGAGCCAUGCUGUAGCCUGUAGGUAUAAAUUAUUCCCUUUGAAAUGGUGUUCAUAUACACGGAAAUGAAACUGCUGUGAUCAAUGAAUGAACAGAUAAAACCCUUCUAUCCCAUACAGCUAGGUCCCCGCCCAUUUUUUUUCCCCCAUCUCCAGGCAACGAGGCUCGGCGAGCGAGAGGUUUGGGAAUGAAAUAUCUAAUGAGAUUCUUAUAAGAAAGUGUUCCAUCUCUACCGCUACGCGAUUGCCACAUGAAUAAGAUAUUUUAGUGGUGUAUAUUAAUAUAAACCUACAUUAAUAGAUGACACCAUUUGCAAUAAAGGAUCCCAACGGUCGUGUGUGCGUGUGUUGGCCUAGGAAAAGUGGUUAAUGCAUGAGGCCAAAGCUAACUGUCUUUAAAUUAUUUGUUUAUUCAACCAAAAAAAGAUCCAACUGGUUGAAAUAUAGCAGCUCUAUCUCUACAUAAGGCCAACUAGAUUUCUUGCAUCUGUAGCCAACAACCCCCAUCCCUGUUUGGGGGGUAGGGUGGGGUGGGGGGGGAGGGGUCAUAGACAGACAAGACAGAAGCUAGGUAGACAAAGAAUAUUGGAUAUUUGAAUGAUCUUUUUUCCAGAGCUUUCCAUAGAAGUCAGAAGGAAAAUGAAUUCCUGGUAGCUUAGCUGUGCCUUCCAACCUACCCAUAAGCCCAUAAAAGUUCCGUCUCUUUCCUCAUUCAAUUCUACCAAAGUUCAUAAAAGUUCAUCUCUUUAUAAUAUUUUUCUAUAAGCAGUAUAUUUACCUAAAUAUGUUCUCAAACACACGUACACCCCCCCAAAAAACACACAGAAAGGACGCGUAAGCAUGAACAUUUAACGACUUCAACUUCAAGUACACAAAACUCGACUUACAAAUGAAGAUUCAAUGCGACGUUUGUGGGAAAGAAGCAGCAGCCGUAUUCUGCACAGCCGAUGAAGCCGCCCUCUGCCAGAAUUGCGACAACCGAGUUCAUAACGCCAAUAAGCUCGCGAGCAAGCAUCCUCGUUUCUCUCUUCUUAAUCCUCAGUUGAAAGAAUCUCCACGCUGCGACAUUUGCCAGGAAAGACAAGCGUUACUGUUUUGUCAAGAAGACAGGGCUUUACUUUGUCGAGAAUGUGAUGUACCAAUACACAAGGCCAACGAACUCACCAAGAAACAUAAUAGGUUUCUUCUAACUGGGGUCAAGCUUUCUGCAGCCAUUUCUUCGUAUCAAGGUGCUACGUCGUCCAGUGGUUCACAAUCUGGAAUAGAGUUCAGAACUUCAGUCGCUAAUGCAAACUCAAAUAAUGCAAAUUGUUCAGAGACAUCAUCAAACCCUACGAGGGAGAAUGAGUCGAGCCUGCCCACCGGUGAGCAAGCUUCAGACUCGACCAGUAGCAUAUCGGAGUACUUAAUGGAGACUCUCCCCGGUUGGCAUGUUGAAGACUUGAUGGAUCCUUCUUCCCAUUAUCGUUACUGUAAGAUUGACAAGCAGGUCUUAUCUUUAUCAGAUUAAGAAUCCAGAUCCACCUCAGGUUUUUUUCAUCAAAAGGCAUGUCUUUAUGUUCACCUCUUAUACCAGCUCAAGUUCAAAACACAAAUGAGGUAAAAGGAUUUGGGAUAAAUAUGGUUUUCUGCUAUCCCAAGUCAAGUCUCAAUCAGUCAACAUAUGAGGCAAUUUUGGAGAAUAACGACGGGAGGAAAGCCUCCACAGGUUAUUCCAUGUCUAUUUGAUCUUCUUUUUCUUUUCCUUUUUUCCAUUCUCUGAAACCUACACCGCUCUUUGUUAAGUAAGUGCAUUAUAAUGACUUCAAAUGAAUUCUUCUAUCUUCGGGUUUCCAGCUCCUCUCAAUGAGGAUAGAUGUAUUUGAUCAAAAGCCUUUUUUCCUCACACCUAUCUAAGUGGAAAGGUUCAUUUUGUAUCUAGAGUAUUUUCUUUAUUUUGGUCGAGCUACCACUGCUCCAAACUAGGUUGCAAUUGCAAAUGACUUGUGAGCUUUCCCCUUUCCAGAAA